AUGGAGCCAACGGAACCACCAAACCAGGACUAUGAGCUCCAGCAACCCAUCGCCUCCACCACCGGGCUGCGCCAAGGGCUCACCUCGUACGGAGACGCCCACUUCUCCCUGUUCCUGCGCAAAGUCUUCAUCAAAGCCCUAGGUUACUCGGAGGAUGCGCUCUCCCGUCCCAUCAUCGGCAUCAUCAACACCGGCUCGGGCUUCAACCCCUGCCAUGGGAACGUACCGCAGCUAAUGGAGGCGACCAAGCGAGGCAUCCACCUUGCGGGAGGCAUUGCCAUCGAUUUCCCCACCAUCAGCCUGCACGAGAGUUUCUCCCAUCCGACCAGCAUGUUCCUGCGGAAUCUCAUGAGCAUGGACACCGAGGAGAUGAUUCGAGCUCAGCCUGUGGAUGCUUGCAUUAUGAUCGGAGGCUGCGACAAGACGGUCCCCGCUCAGAUCAUGGGCGGCAUCUCCGCCAACAAGCCCAUCCUACCCCUUCUCACCGGCCCCAUGAUGCCUGGCAGUCACCGGGGCAAGCGAAUCGGCGCCUGCACCGACUGCCGAAACAACUGGGCCUCGUACCGGGCGGGCACGAUCGACAUGGAGGAGAUCGGAGCGAUCAACGAGGAACUGGCGCCAACAGUCGGCACCUGCGGAGUAAUGGGCACCGCCAGCACGAUGGCCUGCAUCACCGCCGCCCUCGGCCUCAUCCCACUCCAGGGGGCCUCGGCGCCCGCCGUCUCCGCCGCCCGCCUGCGCAUCGCCGAGCAGACGGGCGCCAACGCAGUCGCCGCCGCGCAGCACCGCGACCAGCGCACCCCGCAAGCCCUGCUCACCGCAGAAUCCUUCCACAACGCAGCCGUGGUCCUCCAGGCGAUCGGCGGCUCGACGAACGCAAUGGUGCACCUGAUGGCCAUCAUCAAUCGGCACCCGGACAUCAGCGGGACCCUGACCCUGGACACAUUGGACGCCAUCGGCCGCACGACCCCACUGCUGGUGGACCUCAAACCCAGCGGCGACAACUACAUGACCGACUUCCACAACGCAGGGGGCAUGCUCUGCCUGCUGCACCGACUGCGCCCGCUCCUCAAGACCUCGGCGCGCACCAUCACCGGCGCCACCCUAGGCGAGAUCCUCGACAGCACCCCCUUCCGCGACCACGACUUCUCCCGCAGCAUCAUCCGCACCCUGGCGGACCCGCUGCACCCCAACGCCUCCCUCGUGGUGCUGCACGGCAACAUCGCCCCGGACGGGGCCGUGUGCAAGGCCUCGGCCUCCAAGGACCGGCGCCUCCUGCACCACACGGGCCCCGCCGUCGUCUUCGAGAACCCGCGCGACCUCGCCGCCCGCCUCGACGCCCCGGACCUCGACGUGACCCCGGACUCCGUCCUCGUGCUCAAGGGCAUCGGCCCCAUCGGGAACCCCGGCAUGCCCGAGGCCGGCAUGAUCCCCAUCCCGCGCAAGCUGGCCGCCCGCGGCGUCACCGAUAUGCUGCGCCUCUCGGAUGGCCGCAUGUCCGGCACCGCCGGGGGCACCAUCGUCCUGCAUGUGGCGCCGGAGGCGGCGGUGCCGGAUUCGCCGUUCGGGGCCGUGCGCACCGGGGAUAUGAUUACGCUGGAUGUGGAGAGGAGGCUGCUGCGGUUGGAGGUGAUUGGGAUGUACUGUGCAAGCUCUGUGUGA